UGGAUGCAAUCUUUUGAUUAAUGUCCAAAUUUUGCUUGCUCUGCUCCCAUACCACUGGCUUGGCUAUCUGCAGGCACAGGGAAACAUUCUUUAUCUUUUUGUUUUUCUUUUCCUAGUCUUGUUUGUAAACUUUAGAGGAUUUCAUACACAAGGAUCUCUUGCAGCCUGGAUUGAUCUGAAGGCAGCAAUGCCUUUGAAGAAAAAGAAACAGUGUUGAAAAGUUUCCCCUAGAAGUUUGGAAAAGUUCUGUCCUUUGUGGGUGAUCAAGCGCUGAAUCCAGUGAGAACAUGACCGAGGAACAGCAUAGAAGUGAUGGAAGGGAUGUGGACAGGCAGCUCCGGCUCAGGGUCUGUGUGCUGAGUGAGCUAUUGAAGACUGAGAGGGACUAUGUGGGGACCCUGGAGUUCCUUGUCUCGGCAUUUUUUCACCGAUUGAUGCAAUAUGCAGCCUCCAAAUCUGAUAAAAAUGUCACAGAGGAAACUGUAAAGAUGUUAUUCUCCAACAUUGAGGACAUUCUUGUGGUACACAGAGACUUCUUGUCCCUUAUUGAGGAAUCCCUGUAUCCUGAACCAAAUUCACACCAAGAAUUGGGAACCUGCUUUCUAAGAUUUAAAGAACGAUUUGCCAUUUAUGAUGAAUACUGCAGCAACCAUGAAAAGGCACAGAAACUUCUCUUGGAGCUGAACAAGAUCAGAACAGUGAGAACGUUUUUGCUGAAUUGCAUGCUACUUGGUGGAAGGAAGAACACAGAUGUUCCACUGGAAGGAUAUCUAGUCGCUCCAAUACAGAGAAUAUGCAAGUACCCACUUCUUUUGAGAGAGUUACUGAAGAGGACUCCAAAGAGGCACAGUGACCAUGCAUCUGUGUUGGAGGCCCUACAAGCGAUGAAGGCUGUGUGCUCCAAUAUCAAUGAGGCCAAGAGAAGGAUGGAGAAAUUAGAAGUGUUAGAGGAAUGGCAGAGUCAUAUUGAGGGUUGGGAGGGAUCCAGCAUAACGGACAAUUGCAGUGAGAUGUUAAUGCAUGGCGUCCUUCAAAAGAUUUCAUCUGGGAACGUCCAAGAGCGGAUCUUCUUCCUCUUUGAUAACCUUCUAGUAUAUUGCAAAAGAAAACAUCGGCGAUUGAAAAAUAGCAAAGCAGCCACAGAUGGGCACCGCUAUCUCUUCCGAGGGCGGAUUAACACAGAAGUGAUGGAGGUUGAGAACGUUGAUGAUGGAACAGCGGACUUUCACAGCAGCGGUAAUCCUGUUACGCACGGCUGGAAGAUACACAACACUGCCAAGAACAAGUGGUUUGUGUGCAUGGCGAAGACGACUGAGGAGAAGCAGGAGUGGCUGGAAGCCAUUUUGAAAGAGAGGGAGAAGAGAAAGUGUUUGACUCUGGGGAUGGAGCAGGACACUUGGAUGAUGAUUUCGGAACAGGGUGAAAAGCUCUAUAAAAUGAUGUGCAAGCAUGGAAACCUAAUUAAAGACCGAAAGAAGAAGCUGACCACAUUCCCAAAAUGUUUUCUUGGAAGUGAAUUUGUGGAAUGGUUACUUGAAAUUGGAGAAAUUCAAAGACCAGAAGAGGGCGUGAAUCUUGGCCAAGCUUUACUGGAGAAUGGAAUAAUUCAUCAUGUUACAGAUAAGCACCAGUUUAAAUCGGAACAGAUGUUAUAUCGGUUUCGUUAUGACGAUGGCACCUACUACCCAAGAAAUGAAAUGCAGGAUGUAACAUCAAAGGGUGUUAGACUAUACUGCCGUCUUCAUAGCCUGUUUACUCCAGUAAUUAGGGAUAAAGACUACCAUCUGCGAACAUAUAAAUCAGUGGUUAUGGCAAACAAGCUGAUAGACUGGCUUAUAGCUCAGGGGGAAUGCCGGACAAGAGAAGAAGCCAUCAUUCUUGGUGUGGCAUUAUGUGACAACGGAUUCAUGCAUCAUGUAUUGGAGAAGAGUGAGUUCAAGGAUGAGCCUCUGUUGUUUCGAUUCUUCUCUGAUGAAGAAAUGGAGGGUUCCAAUAUGAAGCACAGACUCAUGAAACAUGACCUAAAGAUUGUUGAGAAUGUUAUUGCUAAAUCUCUCUUGAUAAAGCCCAGUGAUGGAAGCUAUGGCUUUGGACUGGAAGAUAAAAAUAAAGUACCUAUAGUGAAAUACAUUGAACGAGGAUCUAAUGCAGAGUUGUCAGGAAUGGCAAUCGGGAAAAAAAUCUACGCUGUGAACGGUGACCUUGUUUUCCUGAGGCCCUUCCAUGAAGUCGAUUGUUUUCUGAGGACUUGCUUGAACAGCAGAAAACCUCUGAGAGUUCUCAUGAGCACAAAACCCAGAGAGACAGUUAAAAUUCCAGAUUCUCCAGAGGGACUCGGAUUCCAGAUUAGAGGAUUUGGUCCAUCUGUUGUACAUGCUGUGGGUAGAGGGACAGUGGCUGCUGUUGCUGGUCUGCACCCAGGGCAGUGCAUCAUCAAAGUGAAUGGGAUCAAUGUCAGUAAGGAAAGCCAUGCAAGUGUCAUUGCUCAUGUGACUGCCUGCAGGAAGUUUCGGAGGCCAAUGCAGCAAGAUUCUAUCCAGUGGAUCUAUGACAGCACUGAGAGUGCCAAGGAAGAUAUCAUAAAACCAGCUCAUCCUCGGCCCUUAGGAGAAAACGAAGGGGAUGUAUUUGACUGCAAAGUAGAAGAGGUUAUUGACAAAUUCAACACCAUGGCAAUCAUUGAUGGAAAGAAGGAUCAUGUGAGCCUCACUGUGGAUAACGUUCACCUAGAGUAUGGUGUUAUUUAUGAGUAUGACAGCACGGCAGGAAUCAAGUGUCAUGUAGUGGAGAAGAUGGUUGAACCAAAGGGCUUCUUCAGCCUAAGUGCCAAGGUAUUAGAUGCUUUUGCUAAAAGUGAUGAACAGUUUGUACAAAACUGCAGCAAUCUGCAUUCUUUACAAGAAGUCAUUCCUCCAGAUCUUCAGAGUAAAUUUACUAUCAUCUGUCGAGAGAAAAUCGAACAUAUUUACAGGAGGAUCGCUAGUUACAGAAAGUUUUCAAGGGUUUUAAAAAACAGAGCAUGGCCUACGUUCAAGCAGGCAAAGUCAAAGAUCUCACCACUCCACAGCAGUGAUUUCUGCCCAACAAACUGUCAUUUCAACGUCAUGCAGGUUUCAUACCCCAAAACCUUGACAUCCCUUGGCAGUGCAUUUGGGGUGCAACUAGACAAUAGAAAACAGACUUCCCAGGACAAAGAAAAUAAAAUCACAGAGCACGGUAAACUCAGUCCUAUGGUGUACGUACAACAUACUACAACCACCAUGGCUGCACCUUCGGGACAUUCAUUAGGUCAGCGUGAUGGCCAUGGCUUGCGGUAUUUACUUAGAGAUGAAGAUUUGGAAACACAGGAUAUACACCAUAAGUUACUAUGCAAACUCCAGUCGGCCCUGGCAGAAGUGGAAACCUGCGUGUCCCAAAUUGAUGAAUUAUUGUCUUCAAUAACUUGUUCUCCCAAAUGUGAUCGUAAGACGGAAACGUUAAUAGUGGUGGACAGCGACAAUGAAAGGGGAGAGAAGAAUGGGAAGAAAGUGUGCUUCAAUGUUGCAGGGGACGAGCAAGAAGAUUCAGGUCAUGAUACCAUCAGCAACCGAGAUUCUUACAGUGACUGCAACAGCAACAGGAACUCCAUUGCCUCCUUCACUAGUGUGUGCAGCAGCCAGUGUAGUUCAUACCUACACAGUGAUGAAAUGGACUCUGGGGAUGAGCUGCCCUUAAGUGUCAGAAUUUCCCAUGAGAAACAAGACAAAUUACACAGCUGCUUGGAACACCUUUUUAGCCAGGUGGAAUCAAUUACUAAUCUUCUAAGGGGACCAGCUGUUGCAAGAGCAUUUGAACAAACAAAAUACUUCACACCAGGAAGAGGCCUACAAGAGUUUCAACAGGAAAUGGAACCUAAAUUAAGUUGUCCAAAGCGGUUACGACUUCAUAUUAAGCAGGACCCCUGGAAUCUGCCAAGUAGUGUCCGAAUUCUUGCACAGAACAUUAAGAAGUUUGUAGAAGAGGUUGAAACGCGGAUACUUUUGGCUUUACUUGAAUAUACAGAUAGUGAAAUUCAACUUAGGAGAGAUAUGGUCUUCUGCCAGAGCUUGGUGGCUGCUGUUUGUGCUUUCUCUGAACAGUUAUUGGUUGCACUAGGUCAUAUGUAUGAUAGCAACAGAGAGUAUGAAGUAGAAACACAAGAGGCCAGCAGAAGAUGGUUGGAGCAGAUUGCUAACGCUGGAGUUCUCUUCCACUUCCAGUCCCUUCUUUCUCCAAACCUGACAGAUGAACAAGCUAUGCUGGAGGAUUCGCUUGUUGCUUUGUUAGAUUUGGAAAAGGUCAUGUUUUACUUCAGACAAGCUGAACAAGGACCACAAGUGGCAAAUGUUCCCAUCACUUAUCAGGCAGAGGGAAGUCGUCAGGCAUUAAAAAUUUACUUUUACAUAGACGAUUAUCACUUUCAACAUUUACCACAACGGCUGAAGAAUGGAGGAGGUUUCAAAAUUCACCCCGUUCUAUUUUCUCAAGCCCUGGAGAGCAUGGACGGCUAUUAUUACAAGGAUAAUGUUUCUAUAGAGGAAUUUCAAGCUCAGAUUAAUGCCGCUUCACUUGAGAAAGUUAAACAGUAUAAUCAAAAACUAAGGGCUUUCUUCUUGGACAAGACAAACCUUCCUCCAAAUACCACAUCUAAAGCUGCUUUUAUUGACAAGCUGAUGAGGCCAUUAAAUGCUUUGGAUGAAUUGUACCGGCUGGUAGAUUCUUUUAUUCACUCCAAACGUACAGCAGCCUGUGCCUACACAGCUUGUAGCGCCUCAGGAGUUGGAUUGCUGUCUGUGUCGUCAGAACUUUGUAACCGGCUUGGAGCCUGCCAUAUAAUAAUGUGCAAUAGUGGGGUGCACAGAUGCACUUUGAGUGUCACUCUUGAACAGGCUCUAAUUCUUGCCCGGAGUCAUGGACUGCCACCCCGUUACAUCAUGCAAGCUACAGAUGUCAUGAGAAAGCAGGGAGCACGAGUUCAGAAUACAGCCAAGAAUCUGGGUGUCCGGGACAGAACUCCCACAUCUCUUCCAAGGUUAUACAAGUUAUGCCAGCCUCCACCUGCUGAUGACGAGCCCUGAAUACACUCACCUUGAAAAGAAACCCAUGACGAAAAUCAAAACUAAUUUCUGGACUGCUCUUGUAAAUGUACAUAUAAAGUCUAUCAGAGACCAAAAUGCUGCAUUAGUCGUGUGGACAAAGACUACACCAGCAGCAUAGAUUGUACACUGGAAUCCCAUUGGAAGAAGCACUUAAGUGUUGUAAAAAAUUCAAGAAGGACACUGUACAAUGAAAGAAUUUCAAUUGUGGAUCCAUAUCAAUUUUCACCUAUAAACAGGACCUAUUUUUUUAUUAUUGUUAUCAGUAAAAAUUGAAAUGUUAUAUUACAAAAAGGAAACCUUUGUACCUACUUUGCUAUCAAUAAACAGCAACAUAUGUUAUAUAUGUCAUUAUUCUCUAUAACAAACUUACAAAAACAUGGCGUAGAGACGUUUCAAUAAUAAAAAUUAAAUAUAUU